GCAGCAGCAGCAGCAGUGACAACAAACAUGGCGCACCUCGUGAAAAUUAAACUCGAUGGAGACUUGCGGAUCAUGGAGAUACCCAACCCCCCGCGCUUCGACGAGCUUGUGAAGACGGUCAUGGACGCCUACAGCAUGCCCGCUGGAGUCGAGCAGCAACUGACCUUCACCUACAAGGACAACGAUGGCGAUGAGGUUCGCUUCGACACCAACGCCGAGCUAGACCUGGCCAUUCGCACCUCGUCGGUGCCCCUCCGCAUCAUGGUCGCCAACCCGCCGCCCUCCUCCUCCGCCUCCUCCUCUUCGCGUAGCACCCCCAACCCGGAGGCCACCAGCGCCGCUCCCCCGUCCAUCCCUUCCACCCCCGGCUACGCGGUCGCCUCCAACGUAGGCUCGGCGGUGGGCGGCGGCGAUGAACCCGACAUGAUAAUGGUAGACAUGCCGGGAGAGGCCGCCGCCGCCGCGGCCGGCCCGAGCGGGGGCUCCGUGGAUGGUAGCCAAGCCGACGGCCCGGAGAAGGAAGCGAUCAACCCGCAGGCGGCCUUCGAGGCGGAGGCGGCGGCCGCGAGGGACCCGGAAGGGAGCCUGCUCUACCAGAAGGCGUCGAUGCGCCUGGCGAAGCGCUUCAAGGUGCACCUGACGCCAACCCAGCUGUGGCGGGUCAUGGCCCUCUUCCAGAUCCAGGGCAGGCAGCUAGUGGUCUUCGGGCUGGCGCCGCACCGGUCGCUGGAUGCCGCCGCCGCCGCCGCCUCAGACUUGGACUCCUCGGACGAAGAGGGGGGCGAGAACAAGCCCUCCGCCGUCCGCGGCCUGAAGCGAAGCAAGAGCCAGGUGGCGGGGACCAUCGUGGCCGACCACGUUCAGCGCCUUCUCGGACUCAACGGCGUCGAGCUGCCCGAGGACGAGGUGCAGCCGCUCCUCCAGGCCCUGCGCGUGCGCUCCAGGCGCCUGGUCAGGCUCGGUCUCCUCGGUCCCGAGUUCCUGGAGGACAUGCCGGACGGCCACUACCACCGCGACGCGAAAGGCCCGCGGGGGGGCCCGCCGGGCCACCCGAUGCACGGGCAUGGGCACGGGCCCGGAGGCCGCUUCGCCGGCCGCGGUGGCGGCGGCAGGGGUGGUGGUCCCCCCUUCGGCAGGGGGGGCGGGCCGCCGCUCAUGAUGCCGUUCCACUGGCCCCCGCCGUUUCACCACCAGGGCGGAAGCUUCUCUGGUCCUCACGGCGGCGGCGUAGCCGAGGGUGCUACGCACCGGUCUCCGCCUCGGCGCGUACCGCCCCCCCCGCACAUGAUGGGCAUGGGCAUGGGGGGUCCCCCGAUGGAGCCGUCCCACGGCCACCACCACCAGCGUGGAGGAGGCCGGCACCCUCCCCCGCCGCACAUGCGCGGCGGUGACCUUCACCACGAGGACGGCGGAGGCGGCAGCAGCGGCGGCGGCGGUGCCGACUGGUACGGCGGGCCCCCUCCCCACUACCACCACGACAUGUGGCAACACGGGCCCCCUGGCUACGACUUCGCCGGCGGUUUCCCCGGCGCUCCCGGGGCCGGCUACGGGUAUGGCUACGCCUUCGGCGGCCCCGGUGGCGGCGGGUGGGGUGGAUGGGGCCGCCACUGCGGCGGCGGCGGCGGCGGCUCUGGGUGCGGAGGAGCCGCCAAGCGCGGCUUCGGCAAGGGCACCAAGGAUAACAUGGCCAUGGCGAGGUUCGUGUCUCACACCUCAGGCAGCGACGUGACGAAAGUGGCCGCCGGCCAGGCGUUCAAGAAGUCGUGGCUCGUCCGCAACGAUUCCACCACCACCUGGCCCGAGACCUGCUCGCUAAUCCCCGUCAGCCAGAGCUGCACGGACCUGUCCUCGCCCCCCGAAGCCCCGAUCGUGGGAGACGUCUCCCCCGGAGAGGAGGUGACGGUGUCGGUGGACCUGGUCGCGCCGCCGCAGCCGGGCAUGUACGAGGGGUACUGGCGCGCCUGCGACGACGCCUCCCGCAAGUUCGGGCAGCGCCUGUGGGCGAAGGUGAUGGUGGUGGGCCCCGGAGAGGAGGUGAAUGCAGCGGUGGAGAGGCUGUCCCUGGAAGAGAACGGAAACAAGGACAACUAACAAGACAACACGGCGGCGCCAAUAAUGUUCCUGGCUUCGGUUUAGAUUUAAAAAAGCAUUUUUUUUUUUUUCGAGUCUGAUAUUGCCCCCCCUCGUGUUGGCGCCGCUUGUUCUCGGGCUUUUCUGCCCCCGCAAUCCCGCGCGCCCCGUCAUGAUACCGUGUUUGCGGUUCGGUGGCGCGUGAGAACGUAGCGUAGAGAAAAGGAUUUUGCAUAGUGUUCGCCAGGGAGGCGGACAGUGAUUGUUUUCAUUCUUAGUAGAUCGGGGAGUUGUCUUCGUUCGAAAGUAGGACGGGGACUUCGUUCUCGGUGUAGGAAAGUGAUCAGUUGUCGGUGGCAGGAAUUGGAGGGUUUGCGUUGUGGCUGUUCUAUAGCCGCUUCGCUAGGCUCCAGGUCUUAGCCGUCGAAAACGUUCGCUUUGUGUCUGUGGUGCUUAGUCUUCCGUUUUUUCGGUGCGGGAGAUUCUGCAUAGCGCGGUAAAUGGAAAGCGCGAAUUGAUGGUAGUUUUGUUCACUUGGUUCACACAAGGUCGUGUGGUCAACAAGAACGUACGUUCAAAUAUUCUCAAGAUUUUUAUGGUGAGGGAGUAGGAAACCUAAAAACCCUUUGCCGCGAUUGGAUGCCGUGUGCGGUCGCCGGCACUCCCGACGAGGCGUGUGUUGACGGCACAAUGACGAGGUACGAAUCAAUCAUAUGUGCGCAACGUCGUCGUUUUUUGUUCGUGCACCUCUUUGGCUUUUGUUGGGUCGUACCCGCUUUUUCUUCGGUGAUCUGUGCAAGGAAGUACUGGAGUUGAACGGGUGCAGCUGCUCGAAGCACCAUGCGGAACGUUUUGCAUGAUGUCGGGACCCUUGUGCACGCCAGAGAUGAGCUUGCAAGGAGGAUAGCUGUUUUCGGAGUGGGUACAUAUGUGACGCCGAGCUGAAUUUUUUUUUCGUGGCAAGUCUAUGUUCUAUACGCAUGCAUGGAAACGGCGCACCGUUCACUGAACAAAUGGCGUAGCGGUAGGUUUUGUCUUUUGUUGUGGACCCGAGGCUUUCGCCAGGGGUUGAUAUGCUAGCUUAACGGAAGGAUACUCUUCAAGGUUUGCAACAAGUGAUUUGAGGCUUUCAAAAAUGGGGGUCCGGUGUGUUCAAGUUUGUCGGGGGGAAGGAAGGGUUCAUGGUAGCUACGCUGACCCAUUUAAUUUCGCUAUCGGCAUUCGGAAACAAAGUAUUUGGUUCGAAGAAGAGAAAAGGUUCAGCGAACACGCCCGGACAAAUAUUUAAGUGAUAUAAAAAAAGUACUUGAGUUUAUUUCUACCAUACCCCCCUCUCUCCGCUGGGAGGCAAUCAGCGUUCGAGUGCCAACCAUUCGCUGGGUACAAACGCCGGCAAGACCUAAAGACCUACCAGUGACUCAGGUGCCCGUAUCACCCGCUUGGUAUUGCACCCGUCGCCGCUGAUCGGAACAGAAACAGGAAAGAGUUGGCAUUUUUUUACGACAUUGUCAUCGACAAGGGAGAGAGAGGAUCGGCACGCCGAAGG